CAAAUCCAGUCAUAGUUGAAGUAAGCUUUAGAACCUCACACUAUCCGCCACCCUCUUAUUAGGCGACCCCUCCCCUCACUCAAAAAAUCAAAACUCUUUUAAAACAGACAAACAAGUCACAUCUCACGCCACAACCCAAAAAGUUGAAGAAAAUCAAAAUGUGGAGGCUAAAGAUUGGAGCAGAAGCAAGCGGGAACUGUAAUCAAUGGCUCAGAACCACAAAUGAUCACGUCGGUAGACAGAUAUGGGAAUUCGAUCCUACAUUCAACGGAUCUCCGGAGCAGCUUUUAGAAAUUGAGAAUGCUCGUCAAAAUUUCACUAACAAUCGGUUCGAUCAGAAGCACAGUUCAGAUCUACUCAUGCGCAUUCAGUUUUCUAAGGAAAAUCCAUUGGGUGAAGUUUUACCGCAAGUGAAACUGAAGGACACUGAAGAAGUUACUGAGGAAAAAGUGACGGUUACUUUGAGAAGGGCUUUGAACUUUUAUUCAUCUAUUCAAGCUCAUGAUGGACAUUGGCCUGGUGAUUAUGGUGGUCCUAUGUUUCUAUUGCCUGGCUUGGUUAUUACUCUGUCCAUCACUGGUGCUCUAAAUGCAAUUUUAUCCCAGGAACAUAAGCGCGAGAUGUGUCGUUACCUCUACAACCACCAGAAUAGAGAUGGUGGAUGGGGCUUACAUAUUGAGGGACCAAGUACAAUGUUUGGUAGUGUAUUGUGUUACGUUACAUUAAGGUUGCUUGGUGAAGGUCCGAAUGAAGGGGAAGGAGCUAUGGAGAGAGGUCGUAGUUGGAUUUUAGAACAUGGUGGUGCUACUGUUAUUUCUUCGUGGGGGAAAAUGUGGCUUUCAGUUCUAGGAGCAUAUGAGUGGUCUGGCAACAACCCCAUGCCCCCUGAGAUGUGGCUUCUUCCUUACAGUCUUCCAUUCCAUCCAGGGAGGAUGUGGUGUCAUUGCCGGAUGGUGUAUCUUCCCAUGUCAUAUUUAUAUGGAAAGAGGUUUGUUGGACCAAUCACACCGAUAGUUUUAUCUUUGAGAAAGGAGCUGUUUACCGUCCCAUAUCAUGAAAUUGACUGGAAUCAUGCUCGUAACCAAUGUGCCAAGGAAGAUUUAUACUACCCACAUCCUCUAUUGCAAGAUGUACUUUGGGCAACUCUUCAUAAGUUUGUUGAACCUAUUCUUAUGCAUUGGCCUGGAAAAAGGUUAAGAGAAAAGGCUAUUCAAACUGCCAUUGAACAUAUACACUAUGAAGAUGAAAACACUCGGUACAUAUGCAUUGGGCCAGUAAACAAGGUGUUAAAUAUGCUUUGCUGUUGGGUGGAAGACCCAAACUCAGAAGCUUUUAAGCUGCAUCUUCCAAGAAUAUACGAUUACCUAUGGCUUGCUGAAGAUGGGAUGAAAAUGCAGGGAUAUAAUGGAAGUCAACUGUGGGACGCAGCAUUUGCAGUUCAAGCAAUUUUGUCAUCUAAUCUUGUUGAGGAAUAUGGUCCAACUUUGAAACAGGCACAUGAGUUCAUUAAGAAAUCGCAGGUUUUAGAUGAUUGUCAGGGUGACCUUAAUUAUUGGUAUCGCCACAUUUCAAAAGGAGCAUGGCCUUUUUCAACUGCUGAUCAUGGAUGGCCCAUAUCAGAUUGCACAGCAGAGGGAAUGAAAGCUCUUCUGCUGUUGUCAAAAUUGCCAUCAGAUAUUGUUGGGGAAAGAUUAGAUACAAACCGAUUUUAUGAUGCAGUGAAUGUUGUUCUCUCAUUACAGAAUGAUGAUGGUGGCUUUCCUACUUAUGAGCUCUCAAGAUCUUAUAGUUGGUUGGAGUUUAUCAAUCCAGCUGAAACUUUUGGCGACAUUGUUAUUGACUAUCCUUACGUUGAGUGUACUUCAGCUGCAAUUCAAGCUUUGACAUCUUUUAGAAAAUCACAUCCUGAACAUCGGCGGGAAGAAAUCGAAUGCUGUGUCAGAAAGGGAACUAAGUUCCUCGAGAAAAUACAGGCAUCCAAUGGCUCAUGGUAUGGUUCAUGGGGUGUUUGCUUCACCUAUGGAACAUGGUUUGGCAUAAAAGGUUUGGUAGCUGGUGGAAAGAGCUUCAAUAAUUGUUCCAGUAUCCGCAAAGCUUGUGAGUUCUUGCUGUCUAAACAGUGCCCUUCUGGUGGAUGGGGAGAGAGUUAUCUUUCAUGUCAACAAAAGGUUUAUACCAAUCUUGAAGGCAACAAGUCUCAUGUGGUAAAUACCGCUUGGGCUAUGUUAAGUCUUGUUGAUGCGGGGCAGGCAGAGCGAGAUCCAACACCAUUACAUCGUGCAGCAAGAUAUUUGAUAAAUGCUCAGAUGGAGAAUGGAGAUUAUCCACAACAGGAAAUAAUGGGAGUAUUCAAUAGGAAUUGUAUGAUAACAUAUGCAGCCUACAGGGACAUUUUCCCUAUUUGGGCAUUGGGAGAGUUCCGUUGCCGCGUGUUGAACGCAUCAUAAUCGUAACACCUUUUAGCAUUGGAAUUUAUUAAGGCAAAAUCCAUCUUGUAGUCCCUAUACUUUAUGUGUUUUAUUUAGUUCAUCCCUAUCCAACUUUGUAACUUAGUCUCUCUAGUCACAAUAAUCGCAGUAAAUAGUCCUUUAGAUGAAA